GUUAAUAUUGUAAAUUAGAGUGUAAAUUUACAAAGUGCACUAAAAGUACUUCGAGGUUAGUGUAAAAAUGUCCGAUGAUCGACUCUUUACAACGAGCUACAGAUAUGAAGUUCCUAACUCAAAUGCACAAUUUCUUCGCAGAUCGCUAGCGUUGCAGCGGUCGCGAAUUGAGGUAAGAUCAAAUUCUGAAAACCCGAACUUUGGAGGUCCCUCUCUCAGUAAUGAACAAACAAAGAUUACUACUAGACUACUGCAUCUCUAGACCUCUCCUCUUUACGGCUCUUUUUUAUAACCAUCGGAAAUGUACAUUAACACCUUUUCACUGCAAGAAGUCUUGGAGGAUGGCUCUAACUUUUCGGUCUGGGGACAAAUUGCUGUGGUGUGACCAUCCAGAUGAAACCGUUUCAGCAGUACUUUCUCAUGGUACUAUUCAUUUGUUAGUAUGACUAACUUUUGAGUCUGCGGACGGCAAAAUUCUGUGGAGUGAACAUUCAAAUGAUUUCAGCUUUGGUAGUUAAGUACUUGAAGAAAUUAAGAGAUUUAAUUAAGCGUACAAUGUGCUAGAUUCGGUUACCACCAUAGAUAGCGGCGAAAUUCGAACCUAACAAAAUGUAUGCACAUAAUUUAGCUUAUCUUAAUCUAAACUCACUUUUCGUUGUCGUUUUUAACAGACAGAUGAAAAGAUUGCAAGUCGUAUAGACGCAGAAAACAAGUGCGUAAGACGCUCAUACAUUCUGAACUAUGUAAUCUUUCUUAAUCAACCAACAUUUGGCCGGGGAAGGAAUGAGGGGGGCCCGUAUAAUUGAAGAGGCAAGCUCUCUCCACAAAAAAUAAAGAAAACCAAACCAAACAAACAAAACCACUAAAAACGCUGAUUGUUGGUGUGUUUGAAAAUAACGAUUUGAUUUGAUACUUUACAGCUAAUAAAUUUUCACUCGAUUUAUGGCCUUUAAGCACAUGGAGGGGAAUUAGACCAUUAACGAAGCAGAGACAAAGAGAUGCAUGAUUCACGAGAGACGGUGCAUAAACUGAAGAAACCGUCACGGCGAAUUGGCGGUCACCUGACUUCACCUUGAUACGGAACGUUUCUAUGCUUCCUAAUGUGUGUUGGUUUAUUUCCCCUUAGGGUUGCCAGCGAAUUGGAGAGGGCGCGAUGGUUUACCAGCUUAGAAGAGGUACAGUUAUUUUUGCUAUGUCGUCGGUUUAGCACGACCAAUCGAGGCACUGCACAACACUGAUUCCACAGUUUCCAGAAAUUGUGAUUGAUGCGAUCGAUUGAUAGUAAAACCUUUGAUCGAUAGUCAUCGACCAAAAAAACUAACUCUUUUGAAUUUGCUUUUCAAACUGAUAUGCCAUUUUGUGGAGCUGAUAUCUGAUUGCAGUGUCAUUUAUGUUUUCAACAGGAUAGUGAAAAAAAAAGAGAGAAAAGGAAUUCUGAAAUGAUGGACAGUGAGCUUAAGACGGCAAACGAAGAGUUCAUGAAGGUAUCAAAAUAAGUAUCACUAUGAACAGUAUAUAUCCAACUGUUCGUGUUGGUGGUUAAUCUCUUUUCAGUGUCUGUUUGGUCGAAUUACAGUUAAAUAGGCCCUUUGCAGCACUGGGACAGAAGAAAAAGAAAGAUCGCAUCAUUUAAUAUGGUAAUUUACUUACUUUUUCUCCAGGUGCUUCUCUUGCUCUCCAGCCUGAAAAAACAUGGAGGUUUUGCAACCUCGUUCAGGGUUCUCUCGAGGCAAGAAAGAGUAAUGGGCAUUUUUUUUUUUCCUUUUUGAAUUUAGUUCGGCCGCAGUAAAGAUCAGCGUCUGAAUCAAAUUAGCUGACCUAACUUAUUUUGAGUGGGCCUAAAUUUGGCAGGCUUUAGACAGUUACAUACAAUUUUUUACAUUUUAGUAAAGACAAAGCUUGGUCUUAUAGGAUAACGUUUUCGGUUUGAAUCUACUAGUUUGGUCGCGUCAAUUCUUGGUUAAACAAGGAGGAAAUCCGAGGGACCUAAUAAUAAUCACCUCUUACAAAGUCGUUGCGAGCGGGUAAUGAUCAGCACUUACUCGCCUCUGGCCUAUCCGGGUAAUGUUUGCUUAUGGAAUCCGAAAUCCUGGGCCUUGGAAUUCGAAAUGCAGCUCAAGGAAUCCGGAAUCCCACUAACGAUUGGAUUCCAGAAUCCAAAUCCACUGUCAAAGACUGUAAUCCAUUACCUGGAAUGCGGACUCCAACGCGUGGAAUUCACAAUUAAUCCAAGACUGCUUUGGAUUCCAUUACAUAGGGCAAACUUACAAUUAUCGAUACUUCACAUUCAAGCAAGUAUUGAUGUUUUUCGUUGAUCCAAAUACCGAUUAAUAUUAUCAAUUUACGUUUUCUUUCCUGUUCACUGUAGGUCCGACGAGCACAGUUGCAAAAGUUACUACUGGACGAACAUCUGCAGUACGAAAAAGAACUCAACGGCACAGGAAAAGCUUUCUAUAAAAAGAGAAUUUAG